GAUCUUCGAUACGUAUAUAAUGAAAUUUCAAAGCAAUAUAUCUUAUUCAAGGUUUGUUCACAGUCAAGAUUACGUUUAUUUAGAACGAGGAAGGAAAUAGAUAGGAAUUUCAAGAAACAAACCCUUAUUGGGAAAUUUCAAGCUCGUGCAAGAUAUGGCACCGUUUCUGGCGAAAUGAAUUACGUGACGUUGAAAACGUUUAAAAUGAAAUUCACACUUUCCAUACUGGCUGUUAUAUUCGCAUCAUGCUCGUGCCAGAUGAAUGAUUCUGAUACUUAUGUGACUAGAUUGAUAGCUGACUUCUGGAUCGAAGGAACGGAUAUUGUGCGAAUUAUUUGGAGAGAUUGUACGAAAAAGUAUAAAGAUGUGAAAGAUAUAAUUGAUAAUAAGGAAUAUUAUCCAAAGUUUGUAAGGUGUGUAAAAAGAAAGACGUUAAAAGCUCUGGACCGCAGCCUGAGCCUCGACGUUGUUCCCAUCUUAGAUGGAGUGAACUUAGUGCGAUUUGAAAUUAUCGAUCAUUCAGGAAACAUCUUACAGGAAAAUGAGACAAGUUCGUGGACCGAAAAAGAGCUUGAAGAAGACGAAUGGAAAAACCUUGCACUGAAACGAUUGGCGAAAGUGUUUCAUACGCAUGUUAUAAAAUUCGACUUUGAAGAUGACAACAUUUAUGAUAAAGUUGAAUACAGAGGUCGACGACGUCACCAUAUGUUGACCAUGAUGAUGUUUGGUGUCGUGUCCAUUGGAAUGGUCCUUGUACCAAUGGGCUUUCAAUUUCUUGCUGUAUUGGGAGGAAAAGCACUUCUCUUGGCCAAGAUGGCUCUUAUACUUGCUUCGAUUCAAGGACUUAAAAAGGUAGACACUUAUGAUGGGUAUCAUGAAAGAGGGAAGAUUGCUGCAAGUCCGCUAAGCUACGGCUUCUACCAUUCCUACCCUCCUUUCGAUCAUUACGAUAAGAGAAGUCGUGAAGGUCACGUGUCAUCAACAGCUUAUGAGCCGCAGGCAUUUAUGAAGAAAAAACUCAAUCAAGCUGAUGAUUAUAUAGCUGAUUUAAAAGCACCACAGCAAGAUAAAAGAAUUGCAAAUAUUGGUAAAGAAAUGCCAAAAAAUGAAGCGAUUAAUAAGGAAGAUUUGAGACAGUAUCCAAUUUAUACAGGACUCACUUCACCAGAUGAAAUGACUUCUAUAUAUUCACAACCAACAUUAGUUGACCUUACAACUAGACCAGGAGAGGUUCAAGUGGACUAUUCGUUAGAUUUGCCCUUCAAUGGAUUUCAUUUUCAAAGUCCCACUUCUGUCGUUUCAGCUUGACGUAUUUGCAAGGCUCUUCAGAGAUCUUUUCGAUGUAAUGACUAGAAUAUUUUCAUAUUUUGCACAAGUGCUAUAUCCAAACAGACAUAUAUUAUAUAAUAUUUAUUGAAGA